UUUUUCCUUUUUUUUUCAUUUCAGAGACUAUCUUUUUCGCUUUUUACUUACAAUUUAAUACACUUACUCUUCCUCUUCCUCCCUACUCUUCUUUUAUAACGUAACUGAAAAUGGCUUUCAGACUUGUUUCUACACCCGCACUUCGCUCAACCUCAAGAAUGAUACUUGCUCAACAACCUAUGGGUCUUGUGAAGAUUCACUCUUCUGUUUCAAAUCAUAGUGCUAUUGCUACACCCAAACCUGAUCGUCUUCACGGUUCCUACCAUUGGGAUAUUGAAAGAGCUGCUUCAAUUGCACUAGUUCCUUUGAUUGGCGGACAAUUGGUAUAUGGAGCAUCACCAGUCCUUGAUACCCUGUUAGGUGUUGUUUUACCUAUCCAUCUUCAUAUCGGAUGGGAUGCUUGUAUCACAGAUUACUUCAAUAAGCGUAGGAGUGUUGUUUUGAAUAAGAUUAUGACUGCCACAUUAUGGGCCAGUACAACUGGUGUACUAGUUGGAUGCUAUCAAUUUAAUACAAACGAUAUUGGUCUUACAGAAUUCAUUAGCAGAUUAUGGGCUUAAAACACUCGAAUAACAUUUUUUUUCUACAUCAUACAUAAACACUACAAAGAACACAACUUUGUAAGCCUCUACUGCAAAUACUGGAGUACUGUUAUGAAACCGUUUUCUACUUUGUUCUCUUUCUUAAGAUGGAUGGCGUGAUGGUAGACCCAGACUGAAGGUUUUUGGUGGUUGUUUGUUUCUUUUUUUUUUCUGUC